UUCAUUAUUUCUUUAUAUACAUGGUGUUGUCUGUUUCAGGAUGCUAGACAGCGGCCUGAUGCCAAGACCCUACUGUCUCAUCCUUGGAUACAGAAUUAUAGGCGUGCUUUGCAGUCAUCUCUUCGUCAUAGUGGAACAAUAAGGAACGUACAACAAGAUGCUUCCAUUGAUUCAGAAGAUGCUAAUGAAGAGAAUCAGAAUUCUGCUGAUAUCCUUCCUGCAGAGAAAGUUGGAGGAGCUGAAGCAGACUCCCAAAAGGAGUUACCAUUGGCAGAAGUUGCUGAUUUUGGAGAGACUGAUAAAGAUCAUUCUUCGAGCUGUAAGCUUGUGAUGCGAAAAGGGAGAAUUUGGAAGAUGAUCUUAUUAUGUCAGAUCAAGUUCCCACCUUAGCUAUUCACGAGGAGCCAUCUGUACAAUCUGGUUCUGGCAGAGUGUUUACCUUGACUGCUCAUGGUCCAUCAGAGCUUAAUGAGAAACUGCACGUGAGUGACAGGGAUGAAUUAUUGAUGAACUAUGGGGAGGGAUCUCCUGAAUCAAGAAGGAAAACUGUAGCUUCUAAACAGGGAGGAAAAGGAAAUGCUUCCCAGGUUAAGCCAAAAUCAUACAGUAUUGGACAGAAAAGUCAAGACCACAGUCUUCAAAAGGCUGUGAAGGGAUUGACAACCUUGGGAGGGAAUGAGUUGAGUAGAUUUAGUGAUCCUCCUGGGGAUGCAUCCUUGGAUGAUUUAUUUCAUCCAUUGGAUAAAAAUCUGGAGGAUCGAGCCACUGAGGCUUCAACAUCUGCAUCGACAUCAACUGUUAACCAAGGCAAUGCUUCUGUGGCUGAAAGUGAAAAGAACGAUCUAGCUACAAAACUGAGAGCUACAAUUGCUCAGAAACAAUUGGAAAAGGAAAUGGGGCAGACAAAUGGUGGUGGUGACCUGUUUCGGCUAAUGAUGGGCGUUCUGAAGGACGAUGUGAUUGAUAUUGAUGGUUUGGUUUUUGAUGAGAAACUGCCAGCUGAAAACAUUUUUCCCCUUCAGGCUGUUGAGUUUAGCAGAUUGGUUGGUUCCUUAAGGGCAGAGGAAUCAGAAGAUGCAAUUGUGUCUGCCUGUCAGAAGCUCAUUGCAAUCUUUCACCAGCGCCCUGAGCAGAAAAUAGUUUUUGUCACUCAACAUGGUUUGCUUCCUCUGAUGGAAUUGCUUGAAGUUCCCAAAACUCGCGUUAUCUGUUCUGUACUUCAACUUAUAAAUCAGAUUGUAAAAGAUAAUCCUGAUUUCCAGGAAAAUGCCUGUCUAGUUGGCUUGAUUCCUGUAGUGAUGGGCUUUGCGGUACCUGAUCGUCCCCGAGAAGUUCGCAUGGAAUCUGCUUAUUUUUUGCAGCAGCUUUGUUUAUCAAGCUCUUUGACAUUGCAAAUGUUCAUAGCUUGCCGUGGAAUACCUGUUUUAGUUGGCUUCCUAGAGGCUGAUUAUGCAAAAUACAGGGAAAUGGUUCAUCUAGCUAUUGAUGGGAUGUGGCAGGUCUUUAAACUUCAGAGAUCAACUCCAAGAAAUGAUUUCUGUCGUAUAGCUGCAAAGAAUGGCAUACUGCUUAGGCUUAUCAAUACUCUUUAUAGCUUGAAUGAGGCAACUCGGCUAGCUUCUAUAACUGUUGGAGGUGGGCAUACAGCAGAUGGCUCAGCUCAAAGACCACGUUCUGGUCAGCUGGAUACUAGCCAUCCUAUUUUUCUUCAGAAUGAGGGAUCACUCUCUGCAAAUGAUCAACUUGAUAUCUCUAAAGGUAGGCAUGGAAUGAGUGAUCAUUCCUUAUCAAUUUUGUCCCAGGAAGCUUCACAUGGUUCUACCUCACAUUCUCAAAGGUCAGAUACCAAUCAACUGGAUAUGCGAUAUCCAGCUUUGGAUAAUGAAAGACCACGGUCUAGCAGUGCAGCAGUGGAUGCAUCGGCUGCUGCUAAAGUGCCUGAGCCUACUUUGUUAGAAAAAGUUGGAAGUUUAGCAACAAGGGAACCUUCUUGGGCAGAUACAGACCGUAGACAGCAACGGAUCUCAACUUCUGCUAAUAGAGCGUCUGUAGAUAGGCCUCCAAAACUGGCAGAUGGCGGGUCAAAUGGGUUUUCGGUUGCAAUAGGAACUCAGCCAGAACAAGUUCGUCCCCUGCUAAGCUUGUUAGAGAAGGAACCCCCUUCCAGACAUUUCUCUGGUCAACUGGAAUAUGUACGUCAUCACCCUGGCUUGGAGAGACACGAAAGCAUUCUCCCUUUACUGCAUGCAACAAAUGAAAAGAAGACAAACGGUGAACUAGAUUUUCUGAUGGCAGAGUUUGCAGAGGUCUCAGGGCGUGGAAGGGAAAAUGGAAAUCUUGAUUCAGCACCUAGGAUUUCACAUAAAACAGCAAGUAAGAAGGUGGGACAACUGGCAUCAAAUGAGGGAGCCGCUUCAACAUCUGGAAUUAUAUCUCAGACAGCAUCGGGUGUACUGUCUGGUUCUGGUGUUUUAAAUGCUAGACCUGGAAGUGCAACAUCAUCUGGAUUACUUUCCCACAUGGUCUCAGCAUUAAAUGCAGAUGUUGCCAGGGAAUAUCUGGAAAAAGUAGCCGAUCUUUUACUUGAAUUUGCCCAAGCGGAUACGACAGUGAAAUCUUACAUGUGCAUCCAAAGCCUGCUUAGCCGUCUUUUCCAGAUGUUUAAUAGGAUAGAACCUCCUAUUCUUUUGAAGAUACUGAAGUGCAUUAAUCAUUUGUCCACGGAUCCAAACUGCCUAGAGUAUCUUCAGAAAGCAAAUGCGAUCAAGUACUUGAUCCCAAACCUUGAAUUGAAAGACGGGCCACUCGUUUAUCAAAUACAUAAUGAGGUUUGCCUUCUUAAUCUCUAUCUUAAUAAUAGUAAGUAGUUGGACUAAUACUAU